CAUAUUAUAAAGCCAAGCCAAUUUACUCUACAACUGAAAUAAUUUUCGUUAUUAUUUAUUACCCAUCGCGUGUAAAAAAAGCGUUGACCAAACAGGUCGGGUUAUUCCGAGUGAUCAAGUCUAAGUUAUUAAAGUUAUUUACCUUGACGCAUCAGUACGGGCUCGCUGUAUUCACACAUAAGACGUUGGCAUUGAAAAUUAAAUGGUAUCAGCCAGCGACGAAAAAAAAUUAAUUUCAACAAAAUGAAGAGGCUAUGUGUGAUUUUGUUAUGUUCGUGGAGUUUUGUUGAAACGCAAGACGCUGGUACGGGGUCCGGAACGAAUGGAAAUUUGCGACUGUGCAUCGUGGAGGGGAAGGGCGCGUACAAGCGCGGAGCCAAGUACUGCCCCGUGCUGGAUGAUGAGAAAUCCGGCAUAGAGUGUGUCCUCGGCAUAGACAGGCUGGACUGCCUGCGCCGCAUCAGCAAGGGCACGGUGGACUUCGGCGUGUUCAGCCCCGAGGACCUGAUCGCCGCCAAGUGGGCCAACAUCGAUGUUCUAGUCACUAACGAGCUAAGACUUAGACCGAGGCCAUUCGAGCGGAGUGUGGUGGCAGUGGUGAACCGGCGGAUCCUGCCCGCGACCCCGUGGUCGCUGGAGGCGGUGCUGCGGAACACUACGCUCUGCCACCCCGGCAACGGCGUCACCGACCUCAGGCCGCUCUCAGAUACUUUAGCUGGGUACCUGGAAUCACUGAUCGUCACGCGGUCGUGCGACCCGCAGCUGUCCCUCACGGAGAACAGGCUCAAGGCCAUGGCCUCGUUCUUCUUCAAGGCGUGCAAGGCCGGCCCCUGGGUGCCCAACGUGGUCAGAGACGCUGACUUGAAGAAGCGCUACCCGUCUCUCUGCGAGGCGUGCAACACGGCCACAUGUUCUCCGAACGACCGCUACUGGGGCACCGCCGGCGCGACCGCCUGCCUGGUGGAGGAAGCUGGUGACGUCAUGUGGGCGGAGCUGGAUGACGUAACGUCUUACUUUGGGCUGAACACUAAAUCGACGCCACAGUACGGUUCGCCGGACAACUUCGCGUUCCUGUGCCGCGACGGCACGUGGCAGCCGCUGCGCGACAAUGCGCAGCCCUGCGUCUGGCUCAAUAGACCCUGGUCAGUCGUCGUCGCUAAGAGGAAAGCGGCAGAGUCAGUGGGCACUCUGCUCUCGACGCUGAAGGACGGCCUGCUGCUGGAUGGUCACUGGCACGGCGCGCUGGCGGCGUUGCUGGAGGCUCGCGAGCCGCCGACGGUGCUGCUGCCGCCGCGCGCGCCGCUUGACCACCUCGCCUCCGCGCGCGGCUUCCAGGAGGCCUACAGCCAGACCGGAUGUAACCCAUCCAGGCAUAUAACAAUCUGCACGACGUCGCUGCUGGAGAAGAACAAGUGCGAGUGGAUGAGCGAGGCGGCGGCCGUGUACGGCGUCGCGCCGCCGCUGCAGUGCCGCGUCGCCGGCGACGCGCGCGCCUGCCUCGCCAGUGUGCAAGCCGGGGAUAGUGACGUCACAGUGCUCGGCAGCGACUGGCUCGUGCCCGCUACUAGAGACUACAAGUUGGAAUCCCUAUUGUACGAGACAACGCCGAUCGUCGAGAAAAUGGAUACAGUGAUGGCGUACGUUAAGAAGGAUUCGAAUAUUGAAAGCAUAAAUGAUUUGCGCGGGAAGAGGGCGGCCUUCCCCGUUGUCGAUGGUUUGGCGUGGCAUGCCGCUUUGCAAUAUCUGAAGAAAAUGGACGUGUCGAGCUGCAGCCAGGUUCUGCACGGGUUCUUCGGUGAGGUCUGCGCUCCGGGCGUCGAGCUGCGCAACGUGAGCGCCGAUGUUGUGGACAAAUACACGAAGUCCUGUUACAAAGAUGGCGAACUGACAGUGACAGGGGAAAUGGCGGCGCUGCGGUCGCUUUUGGAGGGAAAAUCCGAUGUCGCGUUCAUCAGCAUGAAAACGAUCGCGAUGUACCAAAAUAAACAGAUUGUCGAUCCAUGGGCGAAUGUGGACGUCGAGAUAGUUCCCGUGUGUCCCGAAGAGAACAAGAAGUUCUGCUACCUGUCCUGGGCGCACAUCGGCCACGUUUACGCCGCCAAUAACCUCACCGAUGUCCGAAGGAACGAGAUUGUAACUGUGUUCACCAAGCUCGACCAGCUGUUCGGCAAACACCAGCCCUUCCACUCGCCCAUGUUCACGAUGUUCGGGCCCUACAACUUCCAACUGGACGUGCUCUUCCACAACAACACGAAGAGCCUAGCGACGGAGCACGUCUUCGACACGCACCCCUACGAUACCAUGCCGUUCAACUUCGAGCGGUCCCUGGCGAACGGGACCCGCUGCACCGUGGAAGACAUCUCGGCCAGUUCCGCCUUCGUUUUUUCACCUAGCCUCGUAAUACUGCUUUCUAGUCUAGUCUUUUUAUACUUGUAAUUGAAUUUUGUGAUAUAUUUUUAUUUUUUAAUAUAAAGUUGAAAUAUUUUUUUAU